AUGGCUGAAGAAUGCACCGAAAGCUCUGUUGCAGCAUCUUCCUCUACACUUAAUUGGUGGCCAGAUCUUCAUACAAGCUCUUCAUGGAGUACUACUACGAACCCAUGGCACACACCAAAUCCUCAUUCCAACUCUCCUGGUGAGGAAGAUGUGUCCAUGUCUACGUCUUUUACGAAUGCUUCCAAUCACUCUGGCCUAAGCGUUGAGUCCUCUCGUAGACUUGUUGAGUGUUCAUCGACAAACGAAUUGAUUGGAGAAACAGCUCCUGAUAAUCAUCUGUGGAGCCAAGUUUUCUUAAGUGUUGGGAGCAGUGGAGAAUUACCCAACGGUCAAGAUGUUGGAGAGAACUUGCUGGACUCAUUACCCUCCAAGAAUAUAUCUUCCAGUAUGUUUGAACCAGCCUGUGACUACUUGAAGAAAAUAGAAAACAGCUGGGAAUUCACUAGCUCAACCUCUUAUAACAACCUCGAAAAGCAUUUUCAUGGAUAUAACGACACCUUAAUUGACAGCGAAAGGCUAAACAGAUUGUCAAAUUUGGUCAGCAAUUGGUCUAUAGCUCCACCAGACCCUCAAGUCACUCAACAGUUUGACCCACGAGCAUGCAGUAAUUCUCUGAGUUCUAAUAUAAAUCAAUAUUCACAGCCCAAUUUUUGCUCUAUAAAGCAACCUGCCAACAGUAUAAGAUCAUUUUUCCGGCAAGGGCAUGACUUGAAAGUUGAGGAUGAUCACCGGGAGAUUGACGCGACCAGGGCUUUAUGUCGAAGGUCAUUUAACAGCAAUGGAAUCAGAUAUCAAAUGGGAAAUAACAACUCCAUAGUAGGAGAGAAUGGAAAAUACUACUUUGGAGGAUUAGAUGUGCCAUGCACCAAUACAAGAAAUUUCUCAGAUGCUGUAUCUUUCAAUAGUUGUUUAAGCAAGCCCUUGGUGGACAUUAAUGCAUCUAAACCUCUCCUGAAAACCAUGAAUAUAUCAGAUUCUAAGAGGCAGGGGAUCCAAUCCUCUUGUCCAAAGUUUCAGCCUACAAUAUCAACAUCCUCCACACUGACAAGAAGCAGUGGAAGGGGACAGGGAGUUACAAGUGAAGGAAAAAAGAAAAGGUCUGAAGAGAACUCAGACACAGUCUUGAAGAAGUCCAAGCUUGAGGGUUCUACAGCCUCAUCUGCUAAGCUCCAGGUUCCAAAGGUCAAACUCACAGAAAAAAUCACAUCCCUUCAGCAAAUUGUUUCACCUUUUGGAAAGACCGACACGGCAUCGGUGCUAGGGGAAGCAAUUGGAUAUAUAAAGUUUCUGCAAGAACAAGUGCAGCUAUUGAGCAACCCUUACAGGAAGAGUAAUGUCACCAAGGACCCAUGGGGAGGAUCGGAUAGAAAAGACCGAGGAGAUGUAAAGCUUGAUCUCAAAAGCCGAGGCCUUUGUUUGGUUCCCAUUUCCUGUACCCCUCAAGUUUAUCGUGAGAACGUGGGAUCAGAUUACUGGACUCCGUAUAGAGGAUGUUUAUAUAGAUGA